GUCCUGGAGUUGCGGACGUCGUCCACCAACGUCACAGACUGCGAAUAAUCAUCAAUAUCCAGCCAGCGCAUGAGGUGCUUUUCUGUGUCACACCACGCUGCUACGAGGAUAAUACCCACAAAAACGAUCGCCGGCUUCGCGCCGGCCCCUACAAUCGCUGAUCAUGGGACAGAGCUUGAAGAAAUUGCUCGGAGGCGAUAAGGAGCCAUGUGUGUCCUACUUCCGUCGGAAAAAGCUACUCUGCGAAUUCAACACUUUCUACGAUAUAAACAAGGAUGGCGUUAUAACUGUUGAAGACUUCAAUGAAGCGAGAAAACACAUCUGCAAGCUGAAUGGUUGGGAGGAAGGUUCUCCAAAAUACGUCAAGACGCAAGAACUUUUCGAGGAAAUGUGGAAGAUGCUCAGGGCAGAGGCCGACUAUGACUCGGACAAUCAAAUAACCUCCGAAGAAUGGUUGAGGCUCUGGGAGCGGCGUUCGGAGAAAGAAAGAAAAAACGAAGAAUGCGACGCCCCAGAAUGGCUGGCAACGUACAUGUGGUUUCGAUUCAACAUGUACGACCGAACAUGCGAUGACGUGGUGGACGUAGAGGAGUUUUGCUAUGUACUCGAACACUUUGGAAUUCCUGCGAGACAAUCAAGACAAUGCUUUCUCAUCAUGACUGAGAACGAAACCAAGAAACUGGACUACGACUACUUUUGCCAACUGGCUGAAGAGUACUUUAGCUCAGACGACGAGUGCGCCCUCGGAAACUUCAUCAGCGGAAGGCUCGACUUCAAGUCAUAAUUUCAUGCGGUCUCGCAGCGUUUUCUAAUCUAAUGGCUCCAUGAUUUUUUCUC